CGGCCUGCUGAGCACAGUUAGUUUCACUGGGCGUAUACGCAACACAUAUGCCGCCCAAGAAGUUUUUUUGUGCCUAGGCAAGAACGACCUUUUUACUGCCGUUUCGGUUUCGGUCAUUACUACGCGUUCACCGAUCACCGAUCAGCGUUCAGCGAUCGCCUUUCCCAUUCCCAUUUCCAUUCCCAUUGCCGCCAACAGAUCGUUCGUCAGUCGUUGGCCGCCGUUCGUGCGUUCCGUUCGGUGUUCUCGCUCAUAACUCGACAUUGUCGUCGUCGUCGUCGUCGUCGCCAUCGUUGUCGUCGUCGUCGUUGCUGUUGUCGUUGUCAUUUCCAUUCGUUGCCGUACGCGUUGCCAGCUGUCAGCGACGCUGCGCAACGCCGUUUGGAACUAAAAACGUUUCAAGGCACGGGAUUUUCUCAACAUUAUUUUGCUCAGCGACGCCUUUGCCUUUUGCUAUUUUUAACGUCCUUUCAGCUAACCCAAUGAUGGCCUACGAUAUUAGUAUAAAGAGCCAUAACUUUGAGAUGCCAACGAUUGAAACUUGAUCGAUAAUAAAAAGUCAAAGGCAAACAGAAUCAAAAGCAAACCAAAAGAGAAAAUAAGUUGUAACUUUCGCGUUUCAGUGAAAUAUCAACAAAUUAACCACACUAAAACUCAACCUAGCAGAACUAACUUUAAGUUAAGGAAAAGUCAAACAACACAACAAACAACAACUCAACUAAUUACGUAGCAAAUACAAAUAAAACACCAAAAAAUUAACUAAAAACGAAACUUAGCGAAACGAAUUACAAAGUUAGAUUUAACAAAAAAUACAACAAACAAAUGCAAAUGAAGCAGGAGCAACAACAACAACAGCAACAAUUGAGAAGUAAAUCAAUGCGCAGCAUACGAAAGCAUAAAAAGCUCAAAGCGACAACAGCAACAAGAACAACAACAACAACAAAAAGAACAACACUAAGUAGUAAACACUAGAACAAGGAGAAGAAAAGGAAGAGAAGAAGCAACAGCAACAGCAACUGCAACACGAACAAUAAGCAUCGAGUAUGCAACAGAGUGACCAACUAACGCAACAACAACUACAGCAGCAGCAACAACAACAGCUACAGCUACAACAACAGCAACAGCUGCAACAAAAUGGCGGCGACAUGGCCGCCUACACUGCCGCCCAGGCUGCCGCUGCCGCCGCCGCCGGCACCAAGCGCGCCCCAAUGAGCGGCGGCCGUUUCGACUUUGAGGACGGCGGCACCUAUUGCGGCGGCUGGGACGAGGGCAAAGCCCACGGCCAUGGCGUCUGCACCGGCCCCAAACAUCAAGGCGCCUAUGCCGGCGCCUGGAACUACGGCUUUGAGGUAUCCGGAUCGUACAUAUGGCCCAGCGGAUCACACUACGAGGGUCAGUGGCAGAAUGGACGACGACAUGGUUUGGGCGUGGAGCAAAUUGGUCGUCAGAUAUAUAGGGGAGAAUGGUCCAAGGAUGGUCACAAGGGACGCUAUGGCGUUCGUGAGAGCACUGUGUCGACGGCCAAGUACGAGGGCACCUGGAACGAGGGCUAUCAAGAUGGUUCCGGUUGCGAGACGUAUGCAGAUGGCGGCAAGUACCAAGGUCAGUGGCAGGAGGGGAAGCGGCAUGGCUAUGGCAUACGCACCUCGGCGCCCUUUGGCCUCGCCUCGCAUCAUCGCCGCAAGAAUCUGCACGCCUCGUUGAGCUCCCUGCGCAGCGGCGAGAAUGGCAGUGCCGCCAAAGCGGCCGAAAAGACCGAGGAAAUCCGUGGUGGAUUUGUGCUUACCGCCAAAUCGGAUAAGCUGCCCGCGCGGCGCAACAGUCUCACCGAGAAGACGAAGAAGGGAUUUCUGAUGGGUCUGAAAAUGCGUAAGCAGCGCAGCACUGGUGAUUUGGAGAAACGUGGCACUAUUGCCUCAGGCAGCAUAAGAUCCACAAUGUCAUCGGCCUCAUGGAUUAGCACCGGCUCCGAGCAAUCCAAUUUGACGACAAAAUCUGCGCAUACGGAGUCAAAUGCGAGUUUCACUUUGGAGGACGAGCAGCUGGAUCCCACGGUGGUGGAAACCUACAUGGGUGAAUGGAAGAAGGAUAAGCGCUGUGGUCAUGGCGUUGCCGAGCGCAGCGAUGGCCUCAAAUAUGAGGGCGAGUGGUACAAUAAUCGCAAGCAUGGCUAUGGUGUGACCACGUUCCGUGAUGGCACCGUCGAGGAGGGCAAAUACAAGAACAACAUAUUGAUAACCAGCCAGAAGAAAAAGCAUUUGUUCCUGGCACGUUCGCGCAAAUUCCGUGACCGCAUCACGGCCGCCGUCAAUUCCGCGCAGCGUGCUCUCAAAAUGGCCAUGCAGCGCUCCGAUAUGGCCAUCUCGCGCAUGGCCACCGCCGCUGCCAAGGCCCAGAAUGCCGACGUCGCCGCCGAGCAGGCGCGCAUCGAUUGCGAGAAUGCGGUGCGCAUGGCCCGUGAAUUUGCGCCGGACUUCAAGCCGUCGGUGCUGGAGCGUUUUGAGAAGUUGCGCUAUCGCGAACGUGAACGGUAUCGCGGCAGCGGACCCGGCCAAUCCAAUGUGGAUGCGGGUAUGGGCAUGUCGGGCAUGCCCACCAAGCCGGCAAUGUCCGCGCAACAGCAGCAACAGUUCUCGCCGGCGAGCAGCAGUGGCGCCGGCUCCGGUUCGGAUGCAUAUGCAACGCAGGCGCAGCGACAGCAGCAAUAUCUGAACAUGCAACAGCAGCAGCGUCGCAUGUCGCAGCAGCAAAAGGAAUCUGAGUGUCCGGUGCCCUCGUCCAUGUACUCGCAACAGUUGCCCGUCUCGCCGCAGACGGAUCUCUCCGGAAUGGUUAGCCAUGCGCAGCCCAGUCAUGCGCAGGUUGUCAGCGCCAUCAAUCAAAUGUAUCACCAGCAGCAACAUCAGCAGCAGCAGCAGCAACAACAUCAGCAACUGCAGCAGCAACAACAGCAGCAUCAGCAGCAGCAACAGAGCAAUCCACAAAUGAAUCCUGCAUAUCAGUUUCAACAGCAACAACCGCCAGGCAGCCAGCAAGUGCCGUUUGGCGCUGGCAAUGUCAGCAGCAGCAACAUGUCGCCACAGCAACAAUUGUUGCAGCAACAGCAGCAGCAGCAGCAACAACAACAGCAACAAAGACUCUACCUGCAACAGCAACAGCAACUGCAACAGCAGCAACUGCAACAACAACAGCAGCAACAACAACAACUGCUGCAGCAACAGCAACAACAGCAACUCCAACAGCAAUCCUCACUGAACCCCUCGCCCAGUCACAAUGCCGCCAGCCUGUUGCGUCGCGCCUCGCAGCAACAGCAGCUGCAGCAGCAGCAACAAUUGUCGGAUGCAGCAGCAAUGGCUGCAGCUCAGCAGCAGCAGCAGCAACAACGGGGACAACGGCCACCGAUGCUGGGCCAGAUGGGCCAGCAGUCAUCGAUCGAUCAUUUUGAUCACUAUAAGCGGCCGCCGAGUCGCGACUCCUCCAUCGAUCGCUAUGCACGCGCCGCGAGUCGGAUGAGCGGAGGAUUGGCUGGCUCUCGUCAGGCGUCGCUAGAUCGGUCCGGUUUGGCGGAUUCGGUGCCUAAUGGCACCAGCACACCAGACGGACGUCCACGUGCGGGCUCAGUAUUUCGGGGCACAACACCGGUGCCGGGCAAUGCCGCAGCAACAACGACUGCCACAUCGACCUCGACAAUGACCGGCAAUGGAUCGCUGCCCUCCGGGGCCGGUGGGCGUUUAUCGCGCGCUGGCACACCCAGCUUGGGGGGCGGUGGGCGUGCGCCUAGCCAAAGCAAUACUGCGGAGCCGCUCUUCUCGUCACCCAAUCAGCCCUUCGAGGAUGUGCUGCUGCGUCAGCGUACGCUCGGUCAGGAUAUCAUUCCCUCGCCCUUGCAACCCAAACGCACGGAGAGCUUGUAUCUGCCGGCCAAGCCAGCAACGCCAGUGGGCGGAGCCAUGGGCGGCAAAGGUGGUGGUGGUGGUGGUGGCGGCGGUGGUGGCAAGAAAAUGAAGACGGUGCCCAUCAAUGUGUCGCUGCAGCGUAAGAAGUCUAUGCCAGAUUUUCAGGAGCUGCCGCGCGCCACGGAGGCGAUGAGUCGGGAGGAAGUCUCCGCCUUGGGCUCGGCCCGACGCGAGGCUGUGCGUCGUCAAAUCGAAGUCAACGAACGCCUCCGAGCGAAUCCCUUGCUGUAUUUGGUUAGUCCGCAAGUUAAGGAUUGGUUUGUGCGCCAACAGCUGAUGCUGCUCGUGCUGUUUGUCAAUGUGCUAUUGGCGCUAUUGUUUGUCAAGAUGCUUACCUAGCGCCGGAUGCGCAAAAUCACACGAAACCGUUGCAAAACAACAACAACAAUAACAACAGCAGCAACCAACAAAGCAUCUGAAACUAUUAAGGUUUGCAGUUUUCAAGCCAUUGUCAAGUGUCUGUGGUGAAUUGGAGGCGUACAUACAGUUUUGUGGUCAGUGCACGUGCAGUUUGACAUGCAGUGAGUGGACGCUGUGUUUUUGUGUGGUGGAAUUUAUUUUGAAUAGGGCUAAAGCUAACAAUUUUUAGCAUUUGCAGUAAACCGAUUAAAUUACAUAUAUUUAAAUAUAUAUUUAAAUACUAUAUGUAUAUCAAUAUGUAUAAUAAACACAACAAAUUGAAUUAAAAAUUAGACUGCAGCCAAAUUGAAUAACAAAAAAAAA